AUGGCAAGAUGGCUGACCAAAAAACGUAUCACCACAAACACCAUCCCCGCCACCACCACAACCAUGAUCAGCAUCACCAUCCUCAUCAUCACCAGCAAAAGACAGAUUGGUCAGAAGAUCAGAAUGAUCAUGGCAACCAUUCAACAUCAGAGGGCAGUAUUGUCCACCACCAUCGCCAUGGCCACAACAAUCACCCUCACCACCACAAUGAGAAAUCUCAUCCCUCUUCCCCUGACCACCAUCACCAUCUGCAUCACCAUGCUACAGAUUAUUAAUGAGUCCGUGAAGGAUAACAAACAUCCACUGCAGAAGCCCAAGUACUCACAGUCCUGCACUGACAUCUACAGGGGGCGGAAGGCCUAUGACGAGGAGGACGAUGAGGAAGAUGACACAUCUCCUUUGAUUGAUGAUGAAGGCCACCUCCCAAUACAGGAAAAGAGCUUGAAAGAAAAAAAGAAAAAGAAAGUAAUGUCCUCUCAUCAGACCCCUGCCAAUGUCAUCCUGAAGAAGCAGGAGAGUUCUGAAGGGGCAAGAAUGGCUGGCAAAUUUCGCAAGGCAAAGUCAAUGGAGGCACUGUCCCAUUGUAAGGACAGGGAUGGAGAUGCAGAUACCAUUGUAGACAAGGAGUUGGAGAAAAGAGAGCAGGUAGCCAAGAAGAACUUAGUGCAGGAAAAAUUGAAGUUCUCUGCCUUUUUGAACGAGAUCACCAGGCAGGUGUUCAGCCCAUACAGACUCACCUCUCUUGGGGUCACAGCUGCUCACAGGCCCAGCAGCCCCGGACAAGCCUCCCUGAGGUCCCCCAAGGUGGAACACAAAGGGGAGGAGAGGCAAAGACAAAAGAGCAGUUCCGCUCCAGCAAGCACUCUCAUUCCAGCAAGCACUCUCGCUCCCAUCUCGGCAAACACCAGGACCACCAACACCAUCAGCCUGCAAGAGACAUACACCACAGUCCCAGCAGCCACACCGAUGACAGCACUAGCCCAGAUAAUAGCCCCUCCUCAUCAAGACAUCCCUCCUGUCAUUCAACACCACACCACCAUCAUCACCAGCAUCGCUCCCAUUCUCCAUUUCACCAUCACGGUCUUCACAGUCCAUCUCAUCACCAUGGAGACCACCACAGCCCAAGCCAUCCCCAUCAUCAUGGAGAACAUCACAGCCCAACCAAUCACCAUGGAGACCACCACAGCCCAACGCAUCCCCAUCCCCAUGAAGACCACCACAGCCAAACUCAUCCUCAUGGAGAACACCACAGCCCAAGAAACCCCCAUCAACAUGGAGACCUCCACAGCCCAAGCCAUCCCCAUCAUCAUGGAGACCACCACAGCCCAAGCCAUCCCCAUUGUCAUGGAGAACAUCACAGCCCAACCCAUCACCAUGGAGACCACCACAGCCCAACUCAUCCCCAUCCCCAUGAAGACAACCACAGCCAAACUCAUCCUCAUGGAGAACACCACAGCCCAAGAAACCCCCAUCACCAUGGAGACCACCACAGCCCAACUCAUCCCCACCCCCAUGAAGACCACCACAGCCAAACUCAUUCUCAUAGAGAACACCACAGCCCAUGCCAUUCCCAUCACCAUGGAGACCACCACAGCCCAACUCAUCCCCACCACCAUGGAGACCACCACAGCCCAACCCAUCACCAUGGAAGCCACCACAGUCAAACUCAUCCCCAUAGAGACCACCACAGCCAAACUCAUCCCCAUGGAGACAACCACAGCCAAACUCAUCCCCAUGGAGACAACCACAGCCCAAGCCACCUCCAUCACCAUGGAGUACUCCACACUCCCAGUCAUCCCCAUCACCAUGGACACCACCACAGCCCAACUCAUCCCCAUUACCAUGGAGACCAACACAGCCCAGCCCAUCCCCAUGGAGACAGCUACACCCAAACUCAUACCGAUGGAGACCACCACAGCCCAACUUAUUCUCAUCACCAUGGAGACCACCAAAGCCCAAGCCAACCCCGUCACCAUGGAGACCAUCACAGUCCAACACAUCCCCAUCAACAGGGAGAUCACCUCAGUCCGAGUCAUUCCGAUCACCAUGGACAUCACCACAGCCCAACUCAUCCUCAUCACCAUGGAGACCACCACAGCCCAACUCAUCCCCAUCACCAUGGACACCACCACCAUCCUCUCCACCCAGAUUCUCACCGUCGCCAUGGCUCCCAUCCAGAAUUGCACCACCACCAUCAUCUGUCCCACCCUGAAUCCCACGAUCACCACCGCUCCCAUCCAGAAUCUCUCCAUCACCAUGGCUCCCAUCCAGAAUCUUGCAACCACCAUGGCUCCCAUCCAGAAUCUUGCAACCACCAUGGCUCCCAUCCAGAAUCUCUCCAUCACCACGGCUCCCAUCCAGAAUCUCAUGAUCACCAUGGCUCCCAUCCAGAAUCUCUCCAUGACGAUAGCUCCCAUUCACAAUCUCUCCAUCACCAUGCUUCCUUUCCAGAAUCUCUCCAUCACCAUGGCUCCCAUCCAGAUUCUCUCCAUCUCCACGGCUCCCAUCCAGAAUAUCUCCAUCACCAUGGCUCCCAUCCAGAAUCUCUCCAUCACCACCAUAGUUCCCACCAAGAUUCUCACCAUCACCACCACCCCUCUCAUUCAGAAUCUCACCAUCCACACUCCCAUUCUGAACCCCAUCACAGUCCUAGCAACCUAGAACCUCAUCAUCACCACCAUCCUUCCCACCAUGAAUCCCAUCACCACCAACCUUCCCAUUCUGAAUCUCACCACCAUCCCUCCUCACCUGCAGACACACACCACCACCAUCAUCACCAUGACGAUCACCACAGCCCAUCAAGCCCUUCUAAGGAGAACUCUCCUGUCAGUGUGUCAGCUGCAGAGCUGGAGUCAUUGUCCCAUUCCAGCAAGUCUUCUAGGAAUACCACCAGCCCCACGAAUCAGGACGAGCAGCAGACAGCCUACAGCGGCUCAACUGCCUCUCUACAUAAAGAAGGAUCCGAGGUUGAUCGAAUAAUGAUGCUUCAGGAGCAAAAUGAGGAUCUGCACCACAGUUUGCUCCAGACUGCCGUGCGAAUGGAGUGCAUGGGGACUGAGUUUAAGAGCAGUCACCAGCUCCUUGAGUCAGAACUACAGAACACACGUGUGGAGCUGAGUAGCCUCCUGGACAAAUUCAAAAGAUUGAGGGAUAACUACUCCUACACUCAACAGACCAAUAAUCUCUUGGAGCGGAAGCUUCAUUCAGUGGCUCAGAGUAUGGACGGGGAGCGUGAGCAUCUGAACCAGCGCAUCACAGCCCUGACAGAUCAGCUGUCCUCAGCCAAGACCACCAUCCACAGCAUGGAGACUAUUAAUGUAACAUCCUUGCUACAGGAAGCCCUCGACAAACAUUUCCACCCAGAUGAUUCUGUCAAUCAAUUCCUUCUCCCUGUUGCCCCCCCUCCAGUCCAAUUCAUGGAUAGUCAUCAUUAUGGAAAGGUCACCACCAAAGGGGAAGACCUAUCGCUGGGAACAUUGCCAGAAGAGGAGGAAUCUGAUUGGUCGGAGAUGGGGGAUGAGGCUCCAAAAUGCAUUCUGAGGUCAGCGGGAGGUCAUCAUGGUGGCACAGCGUUUCAACCGUGGAGACAGGAGCGUAUUUGCUGGGCAGGACAGGGAGAGGGAGACACAGAGAGUGAGUCAGGGGGUGAGGAGAUUGUCAGACAACACCCUCCCCACUCCCUACAGAUCCCCCAUCUCCAUGUCACCAUUCACUCUGAGACCUUACCAGCCCCCAUGGAUGAUGUCACCCUCACCACCAGCUUCAAGAACUCAGCUUAUGGCCCAACAGAGGAGGACAGGUACAGGGUCACUACGAGCCGCAAACUGGGCUCUCCCAUCCGCAUCCUGUCAGCCAGUCUGGAGGAGAUUCCCUCCUCUAGGAGACAGAAGCACAGGCAGGAGGAGCAGCAUGGCCAGCUGAAGGGCACAGAGGCCAUGAUGGACCUCCACCAACCAGAGGACGGUACCAUGGACGACUCAGAAGAUGAGAUCAUCCGGAACUGGAGGACAAGGAGCGAGGACAUGGGUAUGGAUGUCAGGGAGGUAGAUCCUGGUAGCAGCUUGGACAACCUGCAGUCGGCCCAAAAUAUGCUCAACCACUUUAUCUGCCAGCUGCAGCCCAGUGUGGAGGAGGGGCGGGGCUGGACCGGAGGGGCGCCGGACGAAGUGCUGAAUGGGGAGAGAACACAGCUGUGACACCUGAUCUCUUCGCCGAGACACAGAUGUGGACAGGUGUCGACUGGGUUGGUGGUUACUGAAGUAAGCAUGAUUUGGAUAACAUUAUUAGUAUUUUGAACAUAAAGCAACAGAAUUGACCACUUGAAUAAUAAUACUUUUAAUUAUUAAAAUUUUCAUCUGAUUUAAAACGUUUUCAGGCCUAAAUAACAGGGCCCCAAAUAGUAUUCAUCAUUAAUAACAAGUAAGAUAAAGAAACUGUUUCAAACAUAGUGUUUUCCUCUUUUUGAAGAUAUUAAGUAAUUAACGCCUGCAAAGAGCUGUAAUGGCAAGCGGCCCAAGUUGGAGAUCCUCAGCUCCACAUUUUAAUAUUUGUGAUAUUUUUCUCGGUUCAUAAUCAAAGACAUGUCCUGAGGUCUUUUUUCCCCCAGUAUGCAGGGAUUUGGCUUUGAUGUCCUCCAGAGGUAACAUCAAACAAAAAACAUGUGGCUUUGAUUUUCCCUAUUCCCUCACUCUGGGAAACCCUGUCCUAGGCUUCACUACUGUCUCAUCAUAGCAGAGCACAGCCGAAUCCCACCCUUGUCUCUGGAUUAUAUAAUAAUAGAUCCUUCCAGAACCUCUUGUGCAUAAUUCAUCAUAAUGGUUUGUGUUUUUCCCUCCGUGCCUGUUAGAUAAGAAGAGGAGUGUUGCAUAGAAUUGAGGUCCUUUAGGUAAAGUUGUAAGAUGUGUUGAUAGACUUUGUUUAUCCCUCAUAAAUGAAUCCACCUGUAGAUAUAGACAUAAUACCAGGUCUAACCUGUACAGUGUAUAGUCAAAUAUUGAAUAACAUACCGUAUAAGAGUGUCCGUUGGACCGUCACUGUGGAUGGGAAACAAUGUAUUUUAAGUCAGGUUUUUAAUUGAUGGAGAUCAAAUGAAAACAGAAACAGAAACAACGUUUUUAUGAUUUUUGCUGAUGGAUCUGUGUGGUCUGGUGUGAAUGGUUCCAACUGCUAGAUAGUUUCCUCCUUCCAUGGGGGGAAAUAUAUAUAUAUAUAUAUAUAUUUAUUCUUCUUGCAUGCAAACUAUGUUUUAUCUUGAAAAUAUUGAUGUUUAUGUACAUGCAAACUACAGUAUGUUCUAUAUUUUAAUAUUGAUGUUUGUGUACAUGCUGUAGUCUUCAUAUUGAUAGUAUGACAAAAAACCACAAGACAAAAUGUAAAUCUGAAUCACCAUUUCUCAUUGUGGUCACCAGAGGCAUGCAACAGUCAGUUUGAGAGAUGUAUGAUAUAAGCAAUGUUAUGCCACAUGAAAUGUCUGUUUUGUCCUGUGUAAGGGAUUUUCCUCUGGUAACCACAGUAAUAAAAAACACUGAGCGUACAAAAAAUUAGGAAUACCUUACUAAUAUUGAGUGUCACCUCGUUUAGCCCUCAGAACAGCCUCAAUUCGUCAGGUCAUGGACUCUACAAGGUGUCGAAAGCGUUCCACAGGGAUGCUGGCCCAUGUUGACUCCAAUGUUUCAAAAUUCAAAAAGGCAGUCGCACAUCUGAGCAAUCUUUUUUGCAGGUGCAUGGUAUCAGUUGACUAAAAUGAGAAAAAAGAAGAAACCCGCACACUGCUCUUUAAUAAGCUCCACGUUUGAGCAGAUGGUCGAGAAAUAUCGACUCCCAAAGCAGGACUUUUUCCGCUUCCUACAAGUAAGACAUUAUAUUCUGAAGAGCAUCACCUUAAUUGGCAACCCUGAUAUGUCUGUCAUUGAAAGAAUGCUUUUUUUCCCACAAAGGAAAAUGUCUGUAAGUCUGUUUUAUGAUGCUUUAAGGUCCUUUUCUGCUGUAGACACACAGAGGGCGAAACAAGUGUGGGAGAAAGAAUUGUCUGUUACUAUUGACAAAGAGAUGUGGGAGGACAUUUGGAAAUAUGCUAAAACAGUAUCUAUAUGUAAUCGUACUAGAGCAAUCCAAUUAAGUAUAAUACACAGACUGCAUAUAUCCCCAAAUCGCAGACAUGCUUUUAGCCCCACUUCCUCUUCUCCUCAGUGUCUUAAAUGUAAAACUGAUACAGGCACCCUAACACAUUGUUUAUGGUCAUGUACCAAAAUACAAAGAUACUGGUCUGGUGUUCUGCAAGAAAUUGAAAAGAUCUUAGGGGUUGAUCUAGAAUUGGACCCAGUUUCUUUACUGUUAGGUCUCCCUAGUAGGCAUGUUACUUCUGUGGGUAAAAGGAGGCUUUACAACAUCCUUACCUUCGCAGCGAGGAAAAACAUCCUCUUACAGUGGAUUAGUGAUAAGGUUCCUUCUAUUAAAGAUUGGCAUAAGAUACUAUUUGAAUGGGUGCCACUGGAAUAUCUGACAUGUACAUUACAUUUGAAAACAGAACAGUUCUACAAAGUAUGGGAACCUUAUCUAAAUGACCUUAGAAUGGUGAUGAUCUAUGUAUUUCAGAAUUACACUGCACCUUCCAUGUGUGGAACCUAACUUCCUGGUUUAAACUGAGCUUUUUUUGUUUAAUUUCUGUUUGUAUGCUUGUUUAAAAUGUAUGUAUUGAGAGACGCAAUGAUAGGGAUGGGGUGAGAGAAGCGGGGAGAGGGAGAUGGUGUAUGUAUGUAUGUAUGUAUGUAUAUGGGUAUGUAUCUGUGUAUGUAUAUAUAUAUAUGCAGGUAUGUGUAAGUGAUUGCCGUUUUUUUGCUUUGUCUUUGUUGUAGUAUCUCUUAAUAUGGGUGAAAAUUGUGAAAUUCCAAUAAAAAAAUACUGUUACAAAAAUAAGCUCCACGUACCGGCCUCAAGGCCCUCCAAUGCUUCCCACAGUUGUGUCAAGUUGGCUGGAUGUCCUUUGGGUGGUGGACCAUUCUUGAUACACACAGGAAGCUGUUGAGCGUGAAA